AUGAACGAGGACAAACUUCUCAAGCAGAUGCUAAAGCGCGACCCGGUGCGCGGCGCGGCCGCCACCCGGCGUCAGGUGCUCCAGGGGAUCGGCGCCGGCGCGCUGGCGUUGGGCGCGGGCAGCGCGUUGACGGGCCGGGCGCAAGCCGCCGACAACCUCGCGAUGCUGACCUGGGACGGCUACGUCGACCCGCGCGUGCUCGACGGCUUCACCGACCAGUACGGAACCGGCAUCGACUACGAGCUGCACACCUCGGACCCGGACUCGGUCAACAAGCUCCAUGAUGUGGCCGGAGGGCUCAUCGUCGAGCUCGACCGCGCCCGCUUCGAUCCCUACUUCGAGGCGAUGCUGCCGAUGUUCCAGCCGCCCUACAAAUGGGCGAUGAGCCUCGACAACGAGCAUCUGCUGGGGGUCUGCCAGCGGGUCGACACCUUCGACUUCGUGGUCAACACCGAUAUCGUCUCGGCCGAUAUGGCGAAGGACGAGGGCUGGGAUCUCUUCAACAAUCCCGACAUGGCCGGCCGCUACGGCAUCCUCGCCUACGACAACUGGAACAUCAUGCACAUCUGCAUGGCCGCCGGCCUGCAUCCGUUCAAGGAGAAGACCGACGACCAGAUGGUUUCGGACGACUUCGUCGCCGUGAACCUCGCCGUGGUCAACGGCGAGAUCGACAUGUACUUCGGCGGCGGCACCUAUUCGAUCUCGUCAGCCCGGCUCGACGGGCUCACCAACCUCUACCACGUGGUGCCGAAGAGCGGCCCGGCGGACGGCAAGGGCGGGAUCAACUGGAUCGAGCUCAACUCGGUCGUCAACAAUCCCGACCUUCAUCCCCAGGCCAUGGACUGGAUGGAAUACAUCCUCCAGCCCGACACCUCCUACGCGGUGGCCACCGCCGGCGGCUUCCUGCUCCCGGUGGGGCAGAUGGCGCAGCCGGAGCUGCUCGACAAGUUCUCGGCGGAGGAGCUCGACUCCUUCCAGUGGGACGAGUUCGACUACCGCAUCUCGCACUCCGUCGAGUUCGACGUGGUGCCGGACUACAACCGGCUCUACGACAUCUACACGGCGGCGCGGCGCGAGAAGUCGUAG